AUGAAGGAGUGGCUGCAGAAGCUCGACUUUUGGACCGUGGCGGGCGUCGCCGUAGGCUCCUUCGCCGCGUACAAGAUGCUGUCCGCUUCGCUGGGGUACUUCUCUUCUUCGGCCUCGUCGGCGCGCCUCGGAGGGUCGAGCGGCGGCCGGCAGACGUGCAAUGAGGGAGAAGACGAAUACUACAGAGCGCCUCCCAAACCGAAGCCGUGCCCACGCGAUUUCACGCUGGAGGAGCUGCGGCCGUUCGACGGCACGCAGACCGCGCCCGCCGGGUUGGAGGCGCCGGCGGCUGCGCCGGGAGAGGGCGACGCGGGUGUCCAUCCACCCGAGGACCUCGACCCCGCGUCUGCUUCCGCCGUCGCUGCCGCGGCUGUCGGCGCCUUGCCGCCGAUUUACAUCGCCCUCAAGGGCCGCGUCUACGACGUGACCUCUCACCCAGAUGGAAGGCAUUUCUACAGCGCGGACGGGCCUUACGGCAUUUUCGCUGGAAAAGACGUUACAGUGAAUCUGGCAAAGAUGGUGUUCGACGAAAGCGAAAACAACCAGGGGCCCUCCGCGUGGGCGACUCUCUCUGCGCUCGAGAAGCAGACAGUGGACGACUGGGAAGAUCGCUUCAGGGCAAAGUACGCGCCGGUCGGCUACGUGGUGUUCGGCCACCCGGAGGAAGACGCAAAGAUUCGCGAAAUCUACGCCGAAGAAAGAGAAAAAGCCGGUCUUCCUCUGUGA